UGGGCUUCGCGCGCCGGAGCCCGGGAAGAGUCCGCAAGGCGAGGGGGCGCCGGCAGCAGGCGUGUGGGACUGCAGAGCCGAGAGCCGGACGCUGCGCUUCCCCGCACCGGACCUUCGCGCCGCACCGCGCCCGCCCGCCCCGCGCCCGCGAUGACCACCACCCUCGUGUCCGCCACCAUCUUCGACCUCAGCGAGGUCCUAUGCAAGGGCAACAAGAUGCUUAACUACAGUACUCCCACCGCCGGGGGCUGCCUGCUGGACAGGAAGGCUGUGGGCACCCCAACCGGCGGGGGCUUCCCCCGAAGGCACUCGGUCACCCUGCCCAGCUCCAAGUUCCACCAGAACCAGCUCCUUAGCAGCCUCAAGGGUGAGCCGGCCCCGGCCCUGAGCUCCCGCGACAGUCGCUUCCGAGACCGCUCCUUCUCCGAGGGGGGCGAGCGGCUGCUGCCCGCCCAGAAGCAGCCGGGGAGCGGCCAGGUCAACUCAAGCCGCUACAAGACGGAGCUGUGCCGGCCCUUCGAGGAGAAUGGCGCCUGUAAGUACGGCGACAAGUGCCAGUUCGCCCACGGCAUCCACGAGCUCCGGAGCCUCACCCGCCACCCCAAGUACAAGACGGAGCUGUGCCGCACUUUCCACACCAUCGGCUUCUGCCCCUAUGGGCCCCGCUGCCACUUCAUCCACAACGCCGAGGAGCGCCGCGCCCUGGCCGGGGCCCGGGACCUGUCGGCCGACCGCCCGCGCCUCCAGCAUAGCUUUAGCUUUGCGGGCUUCCCCAGCGCCGCCGCCACCGCCGCCGCCUCGGGGCUGCUGGACAGCCCCACGUCCAUCACCCCACCCCCCAUCCUGAGUGCUGAUGACCUCCUGGGCUCGCCCACCCUGCCCGAUGGCUCCAAUAACCCCUUCGCCUUCUCCAGCCAGGAGCUGGCGAGCCUCUUUGCCCCUAGCAUGGGGCUGCCCGGGGGUGGCUCCCCCACUACUUUCCUCUUCCGGCCCAUGUCCGAGUCCCCUCACAUGUUUGACUCUCCCCCCAGCCCUCAGGAUUCUCUGUCGGACCAGGAGGGCUACCUGAGCAGCUCCAGCAGCAGCCACAGCGGCUCAGACUCCCCUACCUUGGACAACUCAAGACGCCUGCCCAUUUUCAGCAGACUUUCCAUCUCAGAUGACUAAAGCAGGGUAGGGUAGGGAGGGACCCCCCCUGCCAACAACCCCCCCAACAUCCCUUGCCUUCACUCCCUCCCUUUCCCUCCGAUUCCCAACAGACCCCCCUACAUUAUUAACAAGGUUAAGCUCAACCCCCCCUUCCCCCAACCUUGGAACACCCUGACCCUCACCCUCAUUUUAACCCUCCUAACAAUAAGGACAAGUCAAUUUGUCAGUAGCUUCCUCUGGCUUGAAACCCCCCCCCCCUUCAAUUUUAUUUUAUUUUUUAGCCCACUUAACCAUACAUAAGAGACAAGUCCCAUAUUUGUCAGUAGAUGUCUUUUUUUUUUAUAUUAUUUUUAAUUCUCCCCGGCUUAAGCCUUAAGUGCCAAAUCACAAAAGAAAAAGCAGUUAACAGUUUACAGAAGCAACUUUAGUGCCUUGUAAUCUAACUUUUGUCACUGUGACUACAUUACCUCUUCAGCGCCAGAGGGCACCCUUGGGCCUCCCAGAGCCUUUGCCCGUGGGAGGGGGAGGGAACCCCAGAACCAGCAGCUCCCCCCACUGGCGACACAACUGUAUUUUCCCUGACACAGCCCCCCCCUCCUCCCAGGACCCCUGCUUUCCCAACCCCCACCACCCUAGGGAGAGUUGUUGCCAGAUAGGGGUUUUUGGGGGAACCUAUCUUGACAUUCAGAAAAAAACAACAAAAAAAAACACAAGAAAACAAAACCCGGACCUUUUAUUUCCUUCCCCCCGACCUGAACCUCUGACUAAUCUUGCCUGGGUUCGCAUAGGAAUGCAGGAAGGAAGGCUGGGGUUGAAAAAAAAAAAUAAGUGGACGAAGAUUGUGACCUAAGUGGGACUUUGUGAUUUAAUUUUUUUCUUUUCCAAGUUGGGGAGGAAGGGGAAGCUAGAUGGACUAUGAGAGACUUGAUUUUGGUGCUAAAAGUUCCCCAGUUCAUAUGUGACAUCUUAAAAAAAAAAAAAGAAUAACAGGAAAUGAGAAAAGCUGAAGAAAAAAAAAGAAACAGAAAUGAGAAAAAAAAAUAACAACCAUGUAAGGGGUGAGCAGUUAAUGGUAUUCAUUCCACAUACAAUAUCUGUGUAAAACGAUUUCCCGUAGAAGUAGCUUUAAUGGUUUUUGCUCUAGAAUACCUUAGGUCUACCCUUAGAGCACUCACGCCAUGCUUUUUUCCCUGGGUUUUAAACUUCAUAUAACUUUCAGAAAUUGGAGAGCAAAAAUUUUGCUUGUCACUGCACAUCAAUAUAAAAAAGCUUAUUUAACUUAUCAAAACGUAUUUAUUGCCAAACUAUGCUUUUUUUUGUUAAUUUUGUUCAUAUUUAUCGGGAUGACAAAUCCAUAGAAUAUAUUCUUUUAUGUUAAAUUAUGAUCUUCAUAUUAAUCUUAAAAUUUUGUGACGUGUCUUUUCCUUUUUUUUUCCACAGUUUUAAUAUAUUAUUCUUCAACGACAUUUUUGUAACUUUACACUUUUUUGGUUAUUUUAUUUUAAAAAAAUGAAAAAUUAAUUUAAAAAAAUGCAAAAAACUGUUGGAUUAUUUAUUUUAGAAAUCUCCCCCCUUUUGUGUUGGACUGCAAAUUGAGUUUCUUUCUUUUUAGGCCUUUUCACAACUAGGACUGAGAAUGUAUGUAAAAGUUCUGUGAGUACAGAAGGAAAACAACUCUUGAUGUAUAGCUUCUAAAAGGGAAAAAAAAAAACAAAA